AUGGUGCCGUCAAAACAACUUAAAAUAACGGAUCAGAUCCGUCCUAACAAGAAAGAGCGUCCGCAGCAAAAACAAGAUGACACCGAACCGGACGCACACUCACCAGACACAGAUAAUAUAACGGACGGAGAAACCACUCAAAUGCCCCAAGGUGAAGCCCCUGUUUCCAACCACAGCCUGCAUGUUAUGCUACAAGCAUUAAAGGAAUCUCUAAGGACAGAUUUCAGACAAAUCACCAAGGAAAACUGA